CCAACUUGAAGUGACGUAACGUGGAGGCCCGCGAAACUCCUCUGUCUGUGUUCACACUUUUCUUCGUCUGAGCUCCUUUUUUUUUUGUCAUUUAAAGUUUCUUACUCAUGUUAUUAUAAGUUAGCGAUAUGUGGGCACCGCUUUCUUGUCGUUAAAUCAACUUAUUUCCACUAGCAGUCAGUUUGAGCGGAUUUCCUGUGGAGUUGAAAGCCCUUGUGACGGCUAUGCUAGCUGAGCUAAGCUAACAUGAACUAGUUUUGAAGUGAGGAAAAACAUGUCGUCGUCGUUUCUUCAAAAGCAGCAGCAUCCAGGCUACGAGGAGGCGAGCCUGCGAAUAGUGGCCGAGCAGCUGCCGUGUCGGGAGCUGCAAGCCGGGAUGCUGCUGUCACUCAUGGGAGAGCCUCAGCAGUACAGCUUGCCUACCAUCUUCAUCUACGGUCAUCGCGCCUCAGGGAAAAGUCACGUGGUCAACGUUCUGCUGAAGGAACUGGAGCUGCCUCACGUCACCAUCAGCUGCGCCGAGUGCAUCUCCACCGCCCUGUUCUUCGAACAAGUCCUGCUGACCUUCUUCGGUGGAGACGCGGCCGCCGCUCUGCCCCGCACCUCGUCGCUGUCGGAUUUUGUCCGCGUCUACAGGCACCAUCGCUCCCGGGCUGCCGUCGAGCAGACGCGUUACAUCGUGUUAGAAAAAGCAGAGUUGCUGCGAGACAUGGAUGCUAAUCUGCUCCCAGUUCUCGUGCGUCUUCAGGAACUGGUGGAGGACAACGUGAGCGUCCUCCUACUCAGCGAGCUCCCAUGGGACACUUUCCGGCCGAGCACAGGCUGCUCUGAGCCUCUCCCCCUCCACUUCCCCGACUACAGCAAAGCUGAGCUGCACCAGAUCUUAACUCGGGACAGACACCCAUCCUAUUCUGCUGACCUCUACUCCUCCUACAUUCACAUCCUGCUGGGUGUCUUCUACGCCGUCUGCCGGGACCUCCGAGAGCUGCGCCACCUGGCUGCGCUCAACUUUUCUAAAUUCUGUGAGCCUGUGACUGAAGGGAAAGCCAAAGAGAGCGACACGCACAAGCUGUGGCGAAACAUCGAACCUCACCUGAAGAAGGCCAUGCAAACGGUCUACCUGAGGGAGGUAUCCAGCCUCGAGUGGGAAAAGAUGCAGCAAGUGGAGAUGAAAGCUGGCCCUUUAAGAGGUUUGUCGGCUCACACCCACGUGGAGCUGCCGUUUUACUCCAAGUUCCUGCUGAUCGCCGCCUACCUCGCGUCGUACAACCCCGCCCGCACUGACAAGCGCUUCUUCGUCAAGCAUCACGGCAAAAUAAAAAAGACCAACUUCCUGAAGAAGAAUGAAAAAACCAGCAACCACCUGCUGGGGCCCAAACCUUUCCCUCUGGACCGCCUGCUCGCCAUCUUUUACAGCGUGGUGGACAGCAGGGUGGCGCCCACCGCCAGCAUCUUCUCUCAGAUCUCCUCGCUGGUCACCUUGCAGCUGUUGACUCAAGUCAGUCAUGUUGACCAGCUGGACGCCCCCAAGUACAAAUGCGCCGUCUCCAUGGACUUCAUCUGCGCUAUAUCCAGGUUUGGGCGUGUGUGUGUGCAAGUGUGUGCGCUGUUUCUAUUGGUACACACACACACACACGGUGUUAUUUAUCUUCCCAGGACGGUGAACUUUGACAUCAUCAAGUAUCUGUAUGACUUCCUGUGAGGCACUUUCUCGCUACAUGGAUAUGAUCAUCCAAUCACCUUGUGGUCGUUACGUAAUAAAUCACUUCACUGUCACUCAA